CUUAUUAAAUAGAUAAUCAAUGUGAGAUGAGUACCGACACUAAUGAUGUGCACUACGAUUAUGCUGAUAGCGGCUCAGCUGGUUAUAUAGCAAUGGGUUCCACUGAGUCUUGGCAAAUCUUUUUGAAUUGGAUCCAAAAACUUCUCAAUAAUUUAUCGGAGUACUUCAAGAAUUCUUCGCUUAGGUCUGACAAGGAAAAACUAAGAGUUGCAAAUAAUAUGCUGAGACAGUUGACCGAUUUGCAGAAUAUAUCAUCUCUCGAAAAGUUUGCUCAGUUUCUUUCAUACGGAAGUCACAUAUGCUUGCUCUUAGAGCUGGUUAAUAGUGAAUGGAUUGACAGACAUCACAUUAACACUUCGGAGCAGCUCACUAAUUCUGACCUCCUGACUGCUGAAAACAUUGACUUGUUUCGCUCAACCUGUCAGCGUUGUCUAGGCAUUAGCUCCAAGCAGAUUCUGCAAACCGAAGAUUUGCAGAAAUUGCGAGAAUUUGGCAGACUUAUUUCCACUUUUUGUGCUAUAUCAUCUUCUGAACAGUUUCAAGCACGGCUACAGGAGAUGGAAAUUGACUUGAAGCCGCUAAUAAUUGACACUUAUGACCCCUACAAUAUGGAAGAGUUCUGUGAGCAGAGCGAGUAUUUUGACAACAAAGACCUUCAGCAGCACAUCAUUGACAUUCACAGUAACGACACCAGCGUGGAGUCGAAGAGUUUUCGUGGUGGUAGUGUUGGAAGUGAUGGGUACGACGUGCUGAACUCAGAGUACCCGGAGCCAUCUGCGCUCCUUCCGAAUGAUACGACACAAGAAUCACUCGUAGACGAACUGGAGGAUAAGCUGCGCAAGACUUACAUAAAGAUCAAGUACAUCACAGCUGAAAUCGAGAGCACCGAAGAGAACUAUUCGAACCAGCUGCAGUUUCUAGACAGUGUGUACAGGAACUCGAUGUCUGAAAUUGGAUACGGUGAUUUGGUCCCUGAGAUCUUAGAUGACACUAAAAUAUCCGACCUAGCUGCCGUGCAUUUGAGUUUCCUCAGUGACCUAAUAGCAGCACAGGGAGACAUAGUAGCCUUUGGAAACCAAUGUCGACGUCCAGAACGGAUCAAGAUGAUGGUUCCACUGUACACUAGCUACCUGAAGAAUUACAGUCGAGCUCAGGAGAAACUGGACACAAUACUGCAUCAUCUGCCGGUGGAAAAACAAAACAUUCUCAACAAAGCUGACAACAGGGCCGCGACUGGAGGAAGUAAAUCAUUCGACAUCAAGACCAACUUCAAGCAGCCCUUCCAGCGCUUCUGUCGCUACCCUCUCCUCCUCAGAACCCUCUUAGAUGCUGUUGAGAAGACGGGCGAAACGGAAACCAUCGAAGUGAUCUCAUCGGCACUGCAGACAUGGAAACACGUCACAGACCACUUGAACCAGGUGAAGGCGGAUGAAGAAAUGAGUUCAAGUACCCUUCCCAAAGUGCUAGCCAGAGUAGGGCUGAUUGAGGAACUCACUGCCACAGCCGGAGGCGGGGGAGGGGGAGGGGGAGGGGGAGGAGGACAUGCUGGGUCCAUAUCAGGAGUAUCGGGAGACGAAAAGAGGAACUCAAUGAUCGACUUCAGUAACUCCUCUUCAAGUUUACGUCGUGGGUCAUCCGAAAGCAGAUCGGCAAGAAUGAGUUUGGCAUAUAUUCGGCCGAACUACAAUCGAGUUGAGGAGUUUGAAAAGUACGGCAGGUUCAUCAAAGACGAACUCCUGUCUGUAGUUAUCGAGAAAGGCGAAAAGUCAAUGGCUUCAAAACUGAUGUCAAAAAAGUAUCAUAAGUACAAUGUAACGUUAACAGAAUUGCAGCUCAUUUUCAAUAAAAACACUGCUAUAAACUUCAGAAUGGCGGCUAACAGUACUUUAGUAUACGAAACAGGGAAUUUUGUCUCGACUAAAAGUGAUAAGAAUCAUCCGGCAGUGUCGAACAUUAAAUUGUCAGUGGCCAAAACGGCGUAUAUAUUGACGUUCAACUCUCAAUUCAGCUUCGAAAGCUGGAAGCAAAAGCUGGACCAAGUGGUAGAUAUGUGCAAGAGAGAUCCAGCGAAACAUAAUGGACACAUUUUCGAAUACUAUUCGUUCCAAGUUGAGAAGGAUGCGGUUGUGUGUGCAGUUUGUGGGUUUGUGUUGAAGGGUUUGGUCUGGCAGGGUCACGUGUGUAUUUUGUGCAAAGCGAAUGUUCACCCCAAGUGCAGAACGGAAACAAGUGCACAUCCUUGCCAGGGACCUAUGUCUAACUCGGGCAAAACCCUCGAAGUUGGCCGAGCGGAUGGUCCGGAAAAGUCUCGAAUGGCAGCGAGGUCAAUGACCUUUGCGACGACAGAUGCUUCAUCGGAACCUGGAAGAAGAUCGUUUGAAAACGCAAGACGUAGUUCAAUGUCUGGCAGCAACAUAGCUGCUCAAGGCAAUCAAGAUAUGGAUGGGGAACGGGUACCCGUAGCGGCACCUAGAAGGGGAUCAAAAAGCAAACCGAAAACAAUUGAGGAACAGGGUUGGUUUAUUGGGAUGGCCAGUAAACAGGUGACGAAGAACAACCUCACACACUUCUCAUCACUAGCAGGCACCUUCCUAGUGCGACUGAGUGAUAGAGACCCAGGGUACAGGAUGGCAGUCAUCAAUUCAGACAGACAGAUCAAACACAUUCAGAUUAUAGAGGAGGAUGGCAAGUUCUGUCUUGAGGAGAAUUGCAGCUUUGACUCUAUCCUAGAACUCAUCCAAUUCUAUUCUGCCACAAAUCUCUCCUCUGUCUUCAACGACUACCUGGAUGUCUGUCUCAACUACUCUAUCGCAGAAGCUUGCUAUCAGGUUAUCCGGGAAAACCACCAUAGCUCCAGUCAUUCGACAGAACUGAGGGUAGCAGUCGGGGCAGCAGUAUUGCUCAGACCAGUAUCGGCGCCCUAUGUCAACAAUGCCAGUGGAUAUAUUGAUGUGCACCAAGGUCAGUUGGUGUUCAUAAUGGAUGAAGCACCAGAUGCGAGUAAAACUUAUUUAUGUCAAUUGAAAUGCACAAGUGAAGAUUCUAGUGAAUUUAUUUUGCCAGAACAUGACUUGAAAUUCAUUACUGAUCUAUCGUAUUUCUAAUAUUGCAAAGAUUUUAAAAUGUUAUAUUUUUUACUUUAUUUAGAUAAACUUUCAGAUAGUUCUAUUCAAGCAUUAAAGUGAAAAUUAUGCAUUACUUUGA